UCCAAAUUGGCUAAACUAAAAGCAAUGAAGAUUGACAAGGAAAUCACUCACCCUAUCCAUCCUAGACACAAGCUCAAGAUUGAAUACACAGAGAUCCCAUUCUACUGUGAUGGGUGCAAAGAAGCAGGGAUUGGCCUCAAAUACAAGUGUCAGCAAUGUGAAUUUGAUCUUCACAAGUCAUGUGCUGUGGCUCCUCUCUACAUCAACCAUCCCUUCUACAACAAAUGUGAGUUUCAGUUUCUUUAUAGACCGCCGGGGGCUCUCAGAAGAGUAUGUGAUGCGUGUAGGAAAGAUGUUUCCGGGUUUGUGUACCACUGCAGGAGAUGUGGAUUUGAUCUACACCCUUGUUGUGCAAACCUCCCACAAGUCCUAGAUGAUGGGAAGCACAACCUUUACUUGUGCCUCAAGUUAACCAGCGCUUGUCAUCGGUGUGGAGGCAAGGGACCUGGUUGGUCUUACAGGUCUGACUGCAAGACCUACAACCUUCAUGUGUCAUGUGUGAAGGAGUUGCUUGUGGAGAGCUGGCAAGCCAUGUAUCUCAAUGUGGACAAGAACAAGGUUAGGGAAAUGCAGACUACAAUUCCUAGCCUUAAGGGCACACUGCAAAACCAUCAUGGGAAAAAAGGAGGGAAGGUUGGCAAAUGUUGCCAGAUUGCUGGUGGCGCUGUUCGUGUUAUCGUCUCUGCUAUCCUCGGAGAUCCUACUGCUCUAAUAGGUGCUGCUGUUGCUGGUUUCAUGUCCAAGUAAAUUAAAGGGAUGAGCAGAAAAUUGAAAACCAAGUAUAUAUGCUUAGUUGAGUCAUGUAAUUCCUAUUGAUUGUGUCUGUCAUGUAUCAGUUAUUACUUUGUUACAAACUUGUAAAUUGAAGUAGUAUGUGAACGAUUUGGAUCUGGCAUCCAGAUGCUUAUAUAUGAUAUUGUUUGUAAUGGAUAUGACCAGAACCUUCCUUCUUUUCUUGUACUUGGUGGUUGGUACGGACCAAAUUGGGUGAAAUCCUU